AUGGCUGAUCAUGAUGAAAGUUCACAAAUAUGGACCAUCGAAGAAGGUCAAGAAUACUUAGACGACUUGAUAAGACUUCUCCGUAAUCCAAAAGUUAGCGUUGACGAAACGGUUGAUACUGGGCACAUCAACGGAACUGCGAUCCAUAUCCCUGUCCAAUUCCAGAAGGGAGAAUCUGUCACGAAAGCCAUGGUCUGUUCCCAGAUCUUCGACUACAUCCGCGCGUUUAUAAUUGAAUACAAAGAUGUCAUAUCGGUUGGACACGAAUUCCGCGAGGAAGUUGAGACAGAUGAUCUCGAUCAACUAUGUGGAAUGCUCGACAUAGUGAUCCGAACGCUCCCUCCAGUGAAGGAUCAUCAGCAGCCAGAGCGAAGGAUUGUCUGUUUCAUUGAUGGUGUGGGUUCUCGCAGGGACGUGGAGGAUUCUUCCGGAGUAAUUAAGGUCAUACAGACCUUAAUGAAGAUGGUCCGUCUGAGUGACACUGGCGAUGACUACGUACCGACUUUCCAACUGAUCUGUACGAGUCCUCAUCUAACCGACUGGGAUGAUGCACUCUUCCCAAGUGAGGACACUUGCCAUCUUGUUGAUUUAGCACUACCACUGUUGCCGCCUGGACCGUCAACCAGGGGAGGGUUUCAAAAGUCCUGA